CGACGAGGACCUGGAUGAGGAUGUCUUCAAGGCCCCCGCGCCCCCUCCUCCAGGCCUGCUGCCCUUCUUCACCUCCCACCACCACCGCGGUCCUCCCACCCUGAAGAGUGAGCCGGCCUCCCCAGGCGACACCCCCCCUCCCCAGUCCCCCGCCCAGGGGCAGACCAAGUGCAUUCCCCUCAAGCUGCGCUUCAAACGYCGCUGGAGCGAAGACCAACGAAUGGAAGCCAUGGAAGAGCAGGACGACAAGAAAGUACGAGGGGAGAAGGAGAGGGAAAGAGAGAUGGAGAGGAAUGGAGGGAUGCAGGAGAACGGGGCUGGCAGCGCCCCCAGUCCCCCAGCCCUGGGGGGGUAUGAGUGUUCCCUCCUGUCGGCUCAGAGGGGGGUGAACCAGGACCUGCACCAGGCCACCGCCCAACUGUCACUGGAGAACAAGGACUGCUGAUGCUGAUCCACACACACACAUAGGGAUACAUACCAACACUAAUGCUAGCAGACAGUGGUGGUUUAGYACAYUGUAAAUGACUCCUGUAGUCCUCCUGCCWCUCUGACAGACAGUUCUCUCCUAACUCAAACCAAACCUGGGCCUAAUCAAACUCCAAACCCUGAUGCAGUCCACACCCUCCUCCCAAAGCCCUUACCUCCUACUGUAACGAGACCCCUCCCUCAGAGACUGUUGAAGAAAAGAGGGGAGAGGGGACUUUUGGUCCAAGCAAGCCCAGACUCAGUGACUUAAACCAGGGGAAGAACCAGAGGGGAUGCUACUCUCUGCUUGUGUCUGGAUGGAACCCCCAAGCCAGUUUCCUGUCCAGCCCACCGUCAGCCUCAUAUCCAGCCUCCAGCCCACCACUGCCUCACAUAUCCUGACCCAGCUCUUUUGCCUCACCUUUCCUGCCUUCUGGCCCCCCCUCUAGGGUUCGAGUCUGUCUUUCUCCUCAGGGGCCCCCAACUCAGACAGCCCAGCUCCACAGCCCUGCAGACAUGGAGGAUGAGAUUUCUCCCAUUUUAUUUUUGUAUAGAGAUGAAGACGGGGCUUCUACAAGUGCCUGUACCUGCAUCAAACACACACACAGAGACAGAGAGAGAAGACAGAAGAGGAGGAAAGCAUGGUGGAAGAGUAUGACCCUAAGAAGGCACAGUGAUGCGAA